CUCCCCCAGCGUGAAGACGGAGAUGGACAAAUCGCCCUUCAACAGCCCCUCGCCGCAGGACUCCUCGCCCCGCCUGAGCAGCUUCACGCAGCACCACCGUCCCGUCAUCGCGGUGCACAGCGGUAUCGCUCGCAGCCCGCACCCUUCGUCCACGCUGCAUUUCCCCACCACCUCGAUUCUCCCCCAGACGGCCUCCACCUACUUCCCGCACACGGCCAUCCGGUACCCGCCUCAUCUCAACCCGCAGGACCCUCUGAAAGAUCUCGUCUCGCUGGCCUGCGACCCGUCCAACCAGCAGCCCGGACCGUUAAAUGGAAGUGGUCAAGUGAAAGUGCCCAGCCACUACCUGCCCACGCAGAUGCUGGCACCGCCACCUCCCCCCGGCAUGCCCCGCUUGGCCGUCUCUCCUGACACCAAAUCCGCCACGACAACUUCGGAGGGAGGGACGACCUCACCGACGUCACCCACCUACUCUGCACCAGGCACGCCCCCUGCGAACCGUUCCUUCGUGGGAUUAGGACCAAGGGAUCCUGGGAGUAUCUAUCAGGCACAGUCCUGGUACCUGGGAUAGCGCGGCCGUGCCACCCUUCGCUCCCUUCUCCUCUGCUUUAGGCACCCUGAGAGGACCCCCCCCGGCGCAGAGCCCCCGGUGGAGAGCGCGCACUAACGACG